GUUGCCCGGAAGGACCGAUGGCAACCCACCCGCGCCGUACGCGCAACUAGACGGCCCAGCUAGCUGCAGCCAUGGUGGCGGCGCCCGGCGACGGCCAAGCCUCCGGUAUCCGCAGCGCGGCCGGACGAAGCGCGUCGACGAACCCCGCGACGAUCCCAGUACUCGACACGCUCGACGACGACAUGGACAGCAUGGCUGUCACCCUGGAGCUGGCGACGGCGGCUGACGCCGACGCACUCGCCGCUGUCCACGCGGCCGCCUUUGCGCACGAGCCCGUGACGCUGCUCAAGUCACUCAGCCCUGCGUACAACCACUACGACCAGAUGCUGCCAGCGAUCCAGUACUGGCUGCGCACGCCGGACGCGACACCAAUCAUCAAGGCCGUCGAUGCCGAGACCAAGUCGCUGCUGGGCUGGGUGUGCUGGCGCCUCUCGGCCACUGCAUCAAUCGACGGCGCCAUUCCCGAGCCAACGUCGCAAGAUUACCCGCAGACGCCCGACGGUCUCGGGCAGUUUACGAGCGCGCACAUGAGCUACUGGCAGCGGUCGCUUGCGCCGACGCUGCUGCCGUCGCCGCACCGGAUCCUCAUUUCAAUCACGAUUGCGCCGGCGCAUCAACGCGCGGGCGUCGGCAGCGCGCUUCUCGCAUGGGGUCUUCGAGACAAUCUCCCGAUCUGGGUGCACGCAAGCGAAGUGGGCAACCCGUUCUUUGCCAAACACGGCUUUACCGAGCGGGCGCGCGUGACGUUGCAUCUCGACGACUGGGCGCAAGGCGCCUCGCCGCCCAGCACGCUCAGUACAUGGGGCACGACCACGUUUCGCUACAUGGUCUACGAGCCGUCGUCGGCCCAGUAA